AUGUUCCGUCCGAUAAUCAUAUCUCUUUUCUGUUUAACAUUUCUUCCAUCGAUCUUCUGUCAAAACUUGAAUGGGGUAUUUCUAAUCGAUUCAUGCAAAUGUAAUUCAUCCGCUGAAGCGUGUGAUCCAAGUGGACCGUUUAUAUUCAAUCAAAAACGAUCAACUCUUGCAGUUCGUUACGGUUCACAACAAGUUGGCGUCGGCUCGUCGAAAGAUAACCAAGUCGAUUUGUAUAUCAAUCAAAAUCGAUGUAAAGGCUUAUGGAAUGAGAAAACACAUACUGCUGCAUUGAAAUGUCUACAUCAAGGUGGUAUUGUUUGUUCAACAAGUCUUCGUUGCCUAUCAGGUUCAUGUCUUGAUGAUGUAUCUAUCGUAGUAUCUUCUUCAAGUUCAUUUUCAGCUUUGUCAGUACUUUCGUUCGUAUUCAUGAUUAGCUCAUUGAUCAUUGUAGUUUAG